CCGCGGGGAGAGCCGAUUCGGGUCGCCCUCGACGGCAAAGCCAGAACGCGCGAAAAAAUCUAGGCGGAACUCUUCGGAUGGAUAAGUCCGUCUGCAACAAAUCCCUAAAUCUACGUUCUCCACUCCGACCUCCUCCUCCACUUUCCCCUCCGAUUUUUGCUCAUCUCAAUGAAAUCCUCCGAAGCUGCAGAGAUAAAUCGAGCGAGUUGGCUCAAGUUGCCCUCCACGAUUAGCUGAAGGCGCAUCAGAUUUGAUAGGGAAAGCUUACAUCCGCCUUGCUCAAGUCUUCGUCCGCCCCCAUCUGCCUUGCUCAGAUGGACGACAGUGCGCAAAUUAAAAGAAAAAUUGCGUUCUUCAGUGCUUUUGUAGUGGCAUAUUGUUAUCAUAUAUCUAAGCAACUCUAGUCACCCUACAAGAUACUCAUUAUUAGAGAGAAAUAAAGAAAGAAUGGCAUAUCUACGAAAAUUGUAUCACGGUGAGGAGAAACACUGCAUUGGCGAAUUGCGCAUGGAAAAAUCAGUGUUCUUCAAACUGUGUGAUAAAUUACGGAGUAUGGGUCCACUUAAAGAUACAUGGCAUUGUACUGUAGAGGAGCAAGUUGCCAUGUUCCUCACUACAGUAGGGCAUCAUAAGAAAAAUAUCGACAUUAGUUUCCAUUUCACAAGGUCAGGUGAGACAGUGAGUCGUCACUUCAACAGAGUUUUAUUUGCAAUUAGGAAACUUGGACCAGAAAUGCUUAGGCAUCGAACACUUGAUACACCAUCAAAGAUUGAAGGCAACCCACGAUUUGAUCCGUAUUUUAAGGACUGUAUUGGUGCUAUUGAGGGUACACAUGUUCCAUGUAACGUUCCAUCUCGGAUAGUCGACAGAUUUCGUGGCAGGAAACCAUUCCCUACCCAAAAUGUUCUUGCGGCGAUUGACUUUGAUUUGUUAUUCACUUAUGUUUGUGGGGGCUGGGAAGGUUCGGCCCACGAUUCAAUUGUUUUACGACAUUCUCUUGAGCAUCCAAAUGGCCUUAGAAUCCCUGAAGGUAAAUACUAUCUUGCGGAUGCGGGUUAUGCAGCUAGGAGAGAAUUCCUACCACCGUUCCGUCAAACUCGAUAUCAUUUGCGUGAAUGGAGGGGUAAUAAUAGACCCCGCACCCAGAAUGAGCUAUUCAACUUAAGGCACUCAUCCCUUCGUACAACCGUUGAAAGGCAUUUGGGACAUUAAAGAACCGUUUCAAAGUUCUGACAACUAGGCCUUACUAUCCCUUUCCUUCACAAGUAUAUGAGUCGUCAUAGCAUGUUGUAUCCUUCACAGCUGGAUAUUACUAAACGGGGGUCCUGACGAACUAGUCUACAGUGAGCACAACUGGUUUGAGCAAUAUCCAAGAUCAGCUGGCCGUGUCCAACGGGAUUUACGUGAGGAACAAAGGGAGGUGCUUAAAGAUAGGGAUACCAUGGCAGCCAAUAUGUGGAGAAAUAGGCAUAAUGUUAGACGUGGUUGAUUUUUUUCAAGCUUUAUGUAUGAGUUUGUUGAUUCUAAGUUGCAUUGCCACUUAGAAGAACAACUUGUGUGUUUUCUUUCUUCAACUUGUAACUAUGAUUUAUUUCCCUUGGUACGAGUGGCAAUGCGAUAUGCAUCUCAGAGGU